AUGGCGCAGCACGGUGUUCUACAAGCAUCCAUCCUCACGAAGCAAGUACAGUCCUCCGUUGGUGAAAUUAUAAAAGAGGAUGACUCCCAGGUCACCAUGGGCGACUUCGCCGCGCAGGCAAUUCUGAUAGGACUGUUGCAUCAUACUUUUCCCAAUGAUCGUUUCGUGGGCGAAGAGACUUCAGCUGUAUUGAGGGGGGCCCCUGACUUGUGUGGCAGAGUUUACGAUCUGGUGCAAACUGUUACUGCAAAAAUGGGACACCAACCGACGUCCACUGAGGAAAUGCUAACGUGGAUCGACCUCGGAGGACGUGGCCCGGGUGGUGACAAAGGUCGAAUCUGGGUCUUGGAUCCGAUUGAUGGCACUGCUGCAUUUCUUCGAGGGCAACAGUAUGCCGUGUCGUUGUCACUCAUCAACGACGGACAAGAAGUCCUUGGGGUGCUUGGCUGUCCCAACAUAAGCUCUAACAUGACUCGAAUUUCCGAGACCGAUAUCGACCAUGAGGGCUUCGGUAUCAUGCUAUCAGCUGUCCGGGGCCGUGGCGUCACCAUUCGGUCAAUGGCUCCGGAGGGUCUUGGUGAUCCUACGCCUUUAUCUUUUCCUCUUGACGAUUGCCUUUCGGACAAAAACCUGCACAUCGUGGGCUGUACCGCAUGCGAAGUUACCCGCCACGAUCAUAUCUCUCGACUUGCACGCGAGUUCAACACAAAAUUUCCUAACACAGAAAUAUGGUCCUCCCAUAUACGCUAUGCGGCGUUGAUCCUUGGUACGGGCAAUGUACAAUUCUGGAUACCUAAAAGUUCGGAGUCGAAAUUGCAUAUCUGGGACCAUGCGGGAUCGCAGCUUAUCUUUACAGAAAUGGGCGGCAAAGUGACCGAUUUGGAUGGCAGGAGUAUUGAGUUUGGCGCGGGAAGAGAUUUGUAUCGCAACCGAGGAUUGGUCGUGGCAAGAGGUGAAAUUCACCAGAAGCUCUUGAAGGCCAUCAAUGACAUCUAUCAUGCUGUAGAAUCGAGCAAAUAA